AGGUUCUGAGCAAGGAUGCAGCAGCCAGCAGCUGGUGACAGGAGCAGAGCUAUUCCCUCACCACCAUGUCCACCUCAGGCCAGCCUCGUUGAUGGCUCAUUGUACACACGCCGCUGCAUCACCGAGGAUCCCAGCUGGUCCCUGGUCACUGUCCCCCACCUCACUGAGCUCUGCCUCCAGCACAUUGCUCACAACUUCGAAAAGAACCCUAUUUUGAAUUAUCUUAUGCCUGAGCACCAAAAGAAAGUGGUGGACAGGCUCUCCACCAACCUUCCACUCACUGUGACUGCCAACAUAGUGAGCCAUGAGGACUACUGGAAGAGGUGCUGUAUGGAGCGCUGGCAAGUGUGUGAUGUCUCCAACUAUGGAGGCAGCUGGAAACGGAUGUUCUUUGAACGUCACCUGGAGAACAUUCUCAAGUUUUUCAUCCCUAACACCACAAACCCCGAAGAGGUCCUAGAGCUCAUCCCACUCUGCAAAGCCUACGUGCAGAAACUGGAGAUCGAUCAGUUCCUGCCACCUUUGUGGGUGGAUCAAAGGAAGGAGAGCAAUGACCUCUCUGACACAGAGGAUGACGCUGAACUUGGUGAGGUCUACACCCAUCACUAUGACUUGAAAGAUCUCAUUACUUCUCUUCCACACCUUCAAGAGCUUCAUCUCACUUAUGGUGUGAAGAGCUGUGGCAUGAACUUUGAGUGGAGCCUCUUUAACUUCACUGAGCUGGACUGCUCCAACUUGGCUGCUGCGGUGAAGAUGUGCCGGAACUUGAAAGUUUUCAAGCUGACACAAAGCAAAGUGGAUGAUGACAAGAUCAAGCUCCUGGCCCGUAACUUGCAGCAUCACCCUUGCUUGCUGGAGCUGGACUUGUCCCACAAUCUCAUCAGGGACCAUGGGGCACAAGCUCUUGGCAAGCUGAUCAGCCACAGCAAGUUAGAAACCCUCAAUCUGUGUAACAACCAGAUCUGUCAUGCAGGGGCUCAGGCUCUAGCUCAAGGCCUGGCUGAGAGCUCCACCCUGACCUCCCUGAAUCUGCGCCUCAACUUCGUGGAGGACAAAGGUGGGGAGGCGAUUGGCCGUGCCCUGCUGACCAACACCAGCCUGAAGUCCCUCCAUCUGGGAAGUAAUAACCUGUCAGAGCCAACUGCAGCAGUGUUCUCCCAGGUCCUGGCUCAGAACACCACUCUGACAAGCAUCAACUUCUCAUGCAACCACCUGGGGCUGGAUGGUGGGAAGCAGCUGCUUAAAGGGCUGGCAAACAACAAGACUUUGACCGAGCUUGAUCUCCGCCACGCGGAGGUGGAACAGGAGACCGAUUUCCUCAUUCAUGGAAUCGUCUGGGCCAAUCGGGAAGCGGCGAGGCUGGCAUCUCUGCAGCACCCCACCACAGAACCCCUCUGA